AUGGAGAUACACAAAAAUGCUGAGCUCUGUUUUCCACAACUCUUCAACAGUUCCUGCAGGAAGCCGACACUUCACUGGUCCAAAGCUGUGCUGCUGAACAUUGUGCUGUACUUCAUCUCUCUGAUCACUGCUGCACUAAACCUUCUUGUCAUCAUCUCAGUCUCACACUUCAGGCAGCUUCACACACCCAGUAACAGCAUCCUCCUCUCUCUGGCUGUUUCAGACUUUCUCGUGGGUCUCCUGUUGAUGCCGUUAGAAAUCAUCAGAAACACAACCUGCUGGGUACUUGGUGAUCUUAUGUGUUCUUUUUGUUGUUAUCUGGCCACUAGUCUUUUCUGUGCCACAACAGGAAACAUAGUUCUCAUAUCAGUUGACCGCUAUGUGGCUAUUUGUGACCCUCUGCAUUACCCCACCAGAAUCACUAUGGCGAGAGUCAAACUCUUUGUUUGUCUGUGUUGGUUUUAUUCAACUUUCUACAGCAGUCUUUAUACAAAGGACAUCCUGAUUGAACCAGGCAGGUUUAAUUCCUGCUAUGGAGAGUGUGUGUUUGUUAUCAGUGAUAUUGUAGGGAUUGUUGAUGUUGUUUUAUCCUUUAUUGUUCCAGUUUCUGUCAUCAUAGUUCUGUAUAUGAGAGUGUUUGUGGUGGCUGUGUCUCAGGCUCGUGCCAUGCGCUCUCAUGUUACAGCUGUCACACUUCAGCGUUCACUGAAUCAAACAAACAGAUCUGAGCUGAAAGCAGCCAGGACUCUUGGGGUUCUUGUAGUUGUGUUUCUCACAUGCUACUGUCCAUUUUACUGCUACUCUCUUGUUAAAGGUAAUGUGGUCAGUGAUUCAUCUAUAUAUUUUUUGAUCAUUGCCUUUCAUUUCAACUCUUGUUUCAACCCACUGAUCUAUAGUUUGUUUUAUCCCUGGUUUAGAAAUGCUGUUAAACUUCUCAUCACUCUGCAGAUAUUCAAGCCUGGCAGCAGUGAAGCAAGCAUACUAUAA